CGUCUCCGCCCCCCCACUUAUUUAUUGCUGGAAUGAAAACUGGAUUAACGAUUUAGGGAGGCAAGCGGCCGGAGAGGACAAAGAGAAAGGCAACAGAGAAGGCAUUCAGAAUUCUGAGGGGCCACCUGCAAUUUCAUUGGGGAAAACCAAUAAAAUGUUUAGAUGAAGAAAAUAUUUAGACACGUGGAAUGCGCUUCAGUCAGUCUGCACGGUUAUCACAUCAGUGAACUCAUACAAUGGAGAAACCGUGUAAAGGCAUGGAGUGUGGAAAGAGCUUAAGUGGUAAUGGAACUCUUGCAAAAUGUCAAACUCAAACUGAGAAGAAACCAUUUCAAUGUAUGGAGUGUGGAAAGAUCUUCAAUCAUAGUUCGCACCUUACUGUACAUCGUCGAACUCACACGGGUGAGAAACCAUAUAAAUGUUCAGAGUGUGGAAAGAGCUUCAGUAAUAAUGGAGCCUGUAAAAAACACCAACGAAUUCACACAGGGGAGAAACCAUAUAAAUGUUUGGAGUGUGGAAGGUGCUUCAAUAAUAGUGGAAACCUUACUGUACAUCAACGAAUUCACACAGGGGAGAAACCAUUUAAGUGCAUACAGUGUGGGAAAUGCUUCAGUUGUAGUGGAAAACUUACUUUACAUCAACGAACUCAUACAGGAGAGAAACCGUUUAAAUGCACACAGUGUGAAAAGUGCUUCACUAAUAGUGGAAGUCUUAAUUCACAUAUCCAAACUCACACGGGAGAAAAGACAUUUGUAUGUAUGGAGUGUGGAAAGGGGUUCUGUCACAGUGGGUCUCUCAUAACGCAUCAGCGAACGCACACGGGAGAAAAACCAUUUACAUGUAUGGAGUGUGGGAAAGGCUUCAUUCAUAGUGGAAAUCUUAAUUUACAUCUACGGUCUCACACAGGGGAGAAACCAUUUAAAUGUACAGAGUGUGGAAAGAGCUUCAGUCAAAGUGCACAUUUUAGAAUACAUCAAGUAACCCACACAGGAGAGAAACCAUUUAAAUGUAUGGAGUGUGGGAAGAGAUUCAGUUAUAGUGGAAAUCUUGAUAUACACCUACGAACUCAUACAGGGGAGAAACCAUUUAAAUGUAUGGAGUGUGGGAAGAGCUUCAGUCAAAGUGGGCAUUUUAGAAUACAUCAACAAAGCCACACAGGGGAGAAACCAUUUAAAUGUAUGGAGUGUGGAAGGAGCUUCAGUGAUAAAGGAAGUCUAACAAAACACCAACAAACUCACACGGGGGAGAAAACAUAAAUGUUUGGAGUGCGGGAAGUGCUUUAGUGCGAGUGACGCUCUUACAAAACAUUGUCAAGACUCACACAGGAGAGAAACCAUUUAAAUGUAUGGAGCGUGGAAAGAGCUUCACUAAGAGUGGAAGCCUUGCAAACCAUCAAACUCACAGAGGAGAAAGCGUUUAAACAGAUGGAGUGCUGAAAGCACUUCAGUUAUAACUGAAUGCUUACAAAACACCCGCUGCCCUCUCAUGCGGGAGAAACCUUUUAGUUGUAUGGAGUGUGGGGAGUAUUUUUGCUCUUCCCAUAACAUCACGGACUCCUAUGGGGGGAAAUCGGUGGUGGAAGCAUGGUGUGUAUUUGAUAUAUUUGGUGUUUCCAUGUAAAGCUAUACAUAGAUGUGUUAAAACAAUGAAAGUAAUGUCUCACAACAAUAAGUUUAAUAAUUUGUAAUAUAUUGUUAGAUAGUGGGGGGAGUGUGAAUCUGCUGGUGUGAAUGAUGGUGGGCUGAGG